AUGUAUGUGAAAUGGUUUGAUACAGGAAUGUUAUACUAUGUGAUUUUAGUGUAUUUAGUGAAUGUCACUUUUUGUCAUUUUCAAAUUUCCCGCCGUUCCGUCCUCGUACGUCCCGACGUCGCAGGGAACGGAACCCGGAAAACAGAUGCCGACAUCUUCCGGAGGACAUUACAGGGGACACUGCAGGGGGGACAUCGUGGGAGCGCAGGACAAGGUAAGUCAAGAACAGAUCCCGGAGCAGCGCCGCAUGGCAAGCCCAAGUGUAGCUCGGGGUUACCGCUUGUGCUACACUCGGGAAUACCUCCAGGGAGGUUA